CAAUGAGCGGGUGCUCUAGACUAACUAACUAAAUAGGGGACCAUUUGAUUUGCUGGAUCCAGGUCCAACCGCCCAACGUAAUUCAACAGCAAGCGCCGACAUUCGGGCCACUUUGGUGCGCCCACCCUGAGGAUCACGACGUUGGCCGGCAACCAAGGAGUUUCUUUUUUUCCCCCUUCUCUCUCUCACACAUACAUACAUACACGCUCUCUCUCCUCCCCCUCCCUCUACGGAUAAGCCCCUUUUUUGCUUUUUACCAUUGGUCACCCCCCCCUUUUAGCCUCGUCGGUAUUGCGGCCACCCUCCCGCUCGUUCAACGUCGUUCAGUACCUUGACGGCCAACCAGUCCCACCAAAUCAGAUUUCGGUACCCUGGACACGUGUUUUGUGGUUGCGGUCCGGCAGUCCAUCUUGCCUCGCAUGUGGUUGCUGAGGUGUUACGGAAGCUUCCAGACCGGCCUGACUUGUUCGGAUCAUGGUUGGAUUCAGCAUGUGUACACAAUAGCAACAUAGUACAGCAGAGCAAAACAUCACGGACACAUUCUCUGUCUCCGACCCCAGUGGAAGAGACAUAAUCUGCAAAAUUUGCGGUAUUUCCUUGGCUUCGUUGCACACCCCUUUUCCAUCCUUUUGCCCUGUCAGAGCCCCAGAGGACUAGGAAAAUGAGUGGUGGCGAGGUGCCAUAUUGGAACGUCAACGUUCCAGAGGAUGAACGUUCUGUGGAAUGUCCCGACUUUCUAGUCUCCUUAUCGGACAAAGACCGCACUAUCAUAAGCACCCUGGAUGCCGAUUACCGAGCAGAUUCUUGGGGGCAAGUCAAGAAGAAAGUUUCCACCAAUAGGCUUGACCUCUUUCGUCGAAAGCCAUCUGAUCUGCGGCGGUAUCUUGAGUACACAUGGAAGCUGAGGCAAGAUCAUGGGAGUGUUAUGCACUUCAUAUUGACACAGAGGCUUCAUUGGGAAAUCCCCAUCGAACCCACGAGUGUGGUCCCGUUCGAAAACCCUAACGACUACAAAAUCCUCCGCAACGACUGGCCAUAUGGAAUCGACGAAAGAAUUGUACACCUUGUAGUUUGGACUCGCUUCGAACUUGGAGAAGAUCCUGCAACUGGGGACUUGACGGACGGAUCCAGGAAGCAGAUUGAUCAGUUUGUGAACAAGACCUUUGCCCAGGAUGUGCCUCCGGACCAGUAUAUCUGGUUCAAGAAUUGGAAGUCUCUCAAAUCAGUCCAAGCUGUUGAACACUUUCAUGUGAUGCUCUUCGAACCUGACCCUACCGUCAUAAGCAACAUUACCAAUGGCGAUAUUCCUCUUUGUGAGAAAGUCUGAUCGCAACCUUGCGGAGCAACCGGCCAUGACAGCAGUUAGUGAUAAACAUCCAUAGCUUUACUCAGAGGCCUCAUUGAAUAUGCAGUCAUUUGCUUCCG